AUGGUUGCGGUUGCUUGUUGGCUGUACACGGUGGGCGUCACUCGCUCGCGGUUCCCAAAGCUGCGUAACAAACGCAUAUGUUUGCUGAUUGCGCACCCGGACGACGAGGCCAUGUUCUUUGCGCCGACAGUGCUGGCACUGACGGAGCCGAGCCUGGGGAACCAUGUGAAGAUACUUUGCCUAAGCAGUGGAGAUUCAGAUGGGCUCGGCGAAACGCGAAAAAAGGAGUUGAUCAAGAGUGGUUUGGCUCUGGGACUGCGAAAAGAAGAUGAUGUUUUUGUCGUGGAGAGCCCAGAGUUUCCAGACAGCAUGACGACCGAGUGGGACAAAGCCAAAAUCGCCACUCUACUCUCGUCCGCGUUCGCGCCGAACCUAUCCAAACCGAUGAAAAAUAAAUCAAUCGAUGCGCCAACCGCGACAAUUGAUGUGCUCAUAACCUUCGACCGCUCUGGCAUCUCCUCGCAUCCCAAUCAUAUCUCCCUCUUCCAUGGCGCGCGGCACUUUAUCUCGUCUCUCAUCCACAACCGACCAGGCUGGCAAUGUCCAGUUGACCUGUACACACUUACAAGUGUCUCGGUCGUACGGAAGUAUACUAGUUUCGUGGACAGCAUAAUGAGCCUCGUGACAAUGGCCUUCAGUAAGAGGCGCGCGGGCGAGCAUCCGAGCCCUUUGAUGUUCAUGAGUGGCCCUGGCGAUGUGAGGAUAGCCCAGAAAGCCAUGACGCAGGCGCACCAGAGUCAGAUGCGUUGGUUUCGUUGGGGUUGGAUAGGCUUGAGUCGAUAUAUGGUGGUUAACGACUUGAAAUUGGAGGAGGUUACCGGCGCAUAA